AUGGAGGAUGGUGUCAGCUUGAAGUUCCGUCAGCAGCUCCUGCUCAUUGCUGAAAAUCUGGUGGCUGAAGAUGUAGCAGCUUUAAAAUUCCUCUGUACUGACUUGCUCCCCUUCAAAAAACUAGAAAGUGUGAAGUCAGCAGUAGACAUCUUUCAGCUUCUCCUGGCUGAAGAAUAUCUGAAUGAGGAAGAUACUUUCCUACUAGUUGAACUCUUGUACAUAACUAAAUGUCACUCCUUGCUCAAGAAACUUGGUUAUACUAAGGAGAAAGUGCAAGAAUGUCUGCCUGAGAAGGGAAGAGUGUCUCGAUACAGACGGAUGCUGUAUGAACUGUCGGAGAACAUCAGCGACGAGAUGUUGAAGGAUAUGAUAUUCCUCUUGCAAAGCUAUCUCCCAAAGCGACGUCUGACUCUUUCUGCUCUGGAAUUGCUGAUUGUAUUGGAAAAACAGAGACUUGUAACUGAAAACAAUGUACAGCUGCUGGAGCAAGUCUGUAUGAAUGUUUCACCAGAUCUUCUGGAAAUAGUAAACCACUACAAAUGGGCAAAAGAUAACAAGGAAGCUAAUGUUACACAAGUUUUCUCUGAAUUGAACCUGGAGCUGCCUGGAGAGUUCAGCAAUGGAGAAAAUGAAUCCAAGAAGAUGACAAGCUACAAAAUGGAUGGACCUCACAGAGGAUUUUGUCUUAUUAUUAAUAAUGUUAACUUUGAUAAGGAUCUUCCUGAGAGGAAGGGUUCUUGCAAAGAUGCUGAGGAACUGAAGCAAGUAUUUACGUGGCUUGGUCUGGAUGUGGUGACUUACAAAAAUCUGACAUCUCAAGAGAUUCUAGAGGUCAUGCAAACUUGGCAGAAUUUGCAAGAUCACAAAGACAGGGACUGUUUUAUAUGUUGUAUUCUGUCUCAUGGGGAGUCAGGAGCAGUCUAUGGGAAAGAUGAGGAACUUGUACCAAUCCGCACAAUCAUGUCCCACUUCACUGCCAAACAAUGUUCACAUCUGGCUGAAAAACCCAAACUUUUCUUUAUCCAAGCAUGUCAGGGUAAAGAGAUACAGUGUCCUGUCUACGUUGAAGCUGAUGCACGAGUUCUUGACUUGUCUUCGGUGCAACACAGCGUUUCUCCUUUUGAAAGUAUUCCUGAAGAGGCUGAUUUCCUCCUAGGCAUGGCCACAAUUGAUGGAUAUGUCUCUUUCCGGCACGUUCAACAGGGUGCCUGGUAUAUUCAGGCCUUGUGCAGCAAGCUGCAGUUGUUGGUACCAAGGGGUGAAGAUAUUUUGUCGAUUCUCACGGAAGUUAAUGAAGAUGUGAGCCGACGUGUUGACCGCUUGGGGACAAAGAAGCAGAUGCCCCAGCCGGCAUACACCUUGAGAAGGAAAUUUGUAUUCCCAAUACCUAGAGACCCUCCUCCUUCACAGCAAUAUUGA